GGUUGAAAGGACCGACCCGGAAGGGUGGAUGCUCCUGGCUGGAAAGAAAGGAAAGCCUGGUGGCGGGAAGUUUUCGUUGGAGCGCGUCUGAAAGCGUUUUAGAAAGAAAUUUGGCUCUCCAAUUCAACUUUAGAAUGGCAUCCGUUUCAGCUCUAAGUGAGGAACUGGAUUCUAUAACCAGUGAGUUACAUGCAGUGGACAUUCAAAUUCAAGAACUUCUGGAAAGGCAACAGGAGCUUAUUCAGAAAAAAAAUGUCCUAACAAAGAGGAUAAAGCAGUGUUUAGAGAAUUCUGAUGCUGGGGAGAGCAGCGAAUGUGAUUCUUCACCUGCCUCUUGGAAUAAAGAAGAUUUCCCAUGGUCUGGUAAAGUUAAAGAUGUUCUGCAAAAUGUCUUUAAACUGCAGAAGUUCAGGUCACUUCAGCUGGAAACGAUUAAUGUAACAAUGUCUGGAAAGGAGGUAUUUCUCGUUAUGCCUACAGGUGGGGGAAAGAGCUUAUGCUACCAGUUACCAGCGUUAUGUUCAGAUGGUUUUACACUCGUGAUUUGCCCAUUGAUCUCCCUUAUGGAAGACCAAUUAAUGGUUUUGAAACAAUUAGGAAUUUCAGCUACCAUGUUAAAUGCUUCUAGUUCUAAGGAGCAUGUGAAAUGGGUUCAUGCUGAAAUGGUAAAUAAAAACUCCAAGCUAAAGCUAAUUUAUGUGACUCCAGAGAAAAUUGCAAAAAGCAAAAUGUUUAUGUCAAGACUAGAAAAAGCCUAUGAAGCAAGGAGAUUUACCCGAAUUGCUGUAGACGAAGUUCAUUGCUGUAGUCAAUGGGGACAUGAUUUCAGACCUGAUUAUAAGGCCCUUGGUAUUUUGAAGCGGCAGUUCCCCAGUGCAUCGCUAAUUGGGCUGACUGCAACUGCGACCAGUCAUGUUUUGAAGGAUGCUCAGAAAAUACUGUGUGUUGAAAAGUGUUUUACUUUUACAGCUUCUUUUAAUCGGCCAAAUCUCUAUUAUGAGGUUCGGCAGAAGCCCUCAAACACUGAAGAUUUUAUUGAGGAUAUUGUAAAGCUCAUUAAUGGAAGAUACAAGGGGCAAUCAGGAAUAAUAUAUUGCUUUUCUCAGAAAGACUCUGAGCAAGUUACAGUUAGUUUACAGAAAUUGGGGAUUCCUGCAGGGGCAUACCAUGCCAAUAUGGAACCAGAAGAUAAGACCAAGGUUCACAGAAGAUGGUCAGCUAAUGAAAUUCAGGUAGUAGUGGCAACAGUUGCAUUUGGUAUGGGAAUUGAUAAACCAGAUGUGAGGUUUGUUAUUCAUCAUUCAAUGAGUAAAUCCAUGGAAAAUUAUUACCAAGAGAGUGGACGUGCAGGUCGAGAUGACAUGAAAGCAGACUGUAUUUUGUAUUAUGGCUUUGGAGAUAUAUUCAGGAUAAGUUCAAUGGUGGUGAUGGAAAAUGUGGGACAACAGAAGCUCUAUGAGAUGGUGUCAUACUGCCAAAACAUAAGCAACUGUCGCCGUGUGUUGAUAGCUCAACAUUUUGAUGAAGUAUGGAGCCCAGAAACAUGCAACAAAAUGUGUGAUAAUUGCUGUAAAGAGAUUUCAUUUGAAAGAAAGAAUAUAACAGCGUACUGCAGGGAUCUAAUCAAGAUCCUGAAGCAGGCAGAGGAACUGAAAGAAAAGCUCACGCCGCUGAAACUGAUCGACUCUUGGAUGGGAAAGGGUGCGGCAAAAUUGAGAGUAGCAGGUGUUGCUCCUCCCGCACUCCCUCGUGAAGACCUGGAGAAAAUUAUCGCGCACUUUCUUAUACGGCAGUAUCUCAAAGAAGACUACAGUUUUACAGCUUAUGCUACCAUCUCAUAUCUGAAAAUAGGACCUAAAGCUAAUCUUCUGAACAAUGAGGAACAUGUUAUUACCAUGCAAGUAAAGAAGCCCACGCAGAGCUGUUUCAGGGCUGAAUCACCCCCUCAAAGUUGUCAUUCUGAAGGAGCUGAUAAAAAGAGGGAAGAAAAAACUCCAAGUAACUUCCAGAAGAAGUCGGUGAACAUGCUUCAGCAACCUGACUGUAAGAUUACAGGGGCUAAGAAAAGAAAAAUUGAUAAUGCAUGAGAUGAGUGCUUCUGAAUUUUCUAAUAGUUUAUGCAUGUAUACACCAUUAGUUUUGUAGUUAAUCAGAAGUUUAAUUUUAAGACAAUUUCAUUAAUAUUUUAUUCAUAUGGAGCUAUAUUUUCAGAAUUUAUUUCUUAAGUAUUGAAGACUUGAGAAUUUGAGACCUUUUGAAAUUUUGAGAUCAUGAAUUGUAUAAACUUACAGUAUGAAACAAGGGAAAAAUAAGUCAUUUUAAUGUAAAACCCUUUAAAUGUAAAAUACUUAAGAGAAUAAGUUCAUAUAACUAUCUUAAGCUCUUUAUGCCUUGCCAUAACUAGUUGUAUUUUCUUCUUUUGACACAACUGUCUUUUGAUAACAAUGUUAUUAUACUGAAUAUUUUACUAAAUAAAAAAGGAAUAAGGUAUCCAUACAAAUAAUAUUAGCAAGUAUGCUACACCUCUAUUGAAGUAAAAUAAAACUGUAAGCUUCUGGAAACCACAGCCCUGCUUUGACAUUUCACAGAGAAUGGCUCUGGUACAUUAACCAGACCACACUGUUGACUAAGUAGAUAACAACAUAGUUAAAUUUGCUCCAAAUCUAAAUCACAAAUGAAUGUGUCUACGUUUAAAACACAGAAAUGAAUACUUAAGACUUAAGUGGUCAGUUUUGUGUUUGUUGUUAGGAAAAAAAUAUAUCUAUAAAUAAAUGAUUUGAACU